ACCUCUCUUUUUUCUAUAGUGGCCGACUAGUAUUUUUUUCUUGUCUGUAAAAGUGGCUAGUGACUCUCUAUUGCUUGCUGAAACUUGACAACACAACCGAGUACAUCUGCAUUUAUUGCUGUAGCGAAUUGAGUUAGCCAAUUUGACGCCAAACGAAUCUCUGCAGCUAUGGCUUCGGAAAUUUCAUCAUUCCUUUUACCGGGCGACCGAUCCAAGGCUGGCCAGCUCGCCAUUGUCAGUCUUGCGCGCGACGAUUUUGCUGCCAUCAACCUCGAUAAUUCAACCGGAGCAGUCGAUGGAUAUGCCGAGGGAGCAGUAUUAAACACAAGAUUCGGAUCAUUCCCACAUUCGACCCUCCUCAAUGUCCCUUGGGGCUCUCAGGUGCGGGCAUCGACCGUCGACACUGGCUCGCGAGGCAGAAAGAGACGUCUUGAUGCGACCGACGAUGACACGCCUGCUGCUAGCCAGGAUGAAAUUGAAAAGUCAGACAAGCAAGCUCCUGCGAAGAAGGCCGUUGUCGCGUCUAGCGGUUUCGUAUAUCUGCUGCGGCCAUCACCAGAGCUCUGGACAAGCAGCUUGCCGCAUCGAACGCAAGUUGUAUACACUCCCGACUACAGCUACGUGCUACAGCGCAUUCAAGCACGACCUGGAACGAGAAUAAUCGAGGCUGGAGCAGGCAGUGGAAGUUUUACGCACGCAUCAGUUCGAGCUGUGUGGAACGGCAACCCUGUCAGCGAUGAGGACGUCAAGGGCAAGGUUUUUAGCUUUGAAUACGAUGAGAUCAGAUACCACAAGAUGAAGGAGGAAAUCAAGGAGCACAGUCUGAACAGCAUGGUACACAUCACACAUAGAGAUGUUUACAGAGACGGCUUCAAUGUCGACGGAAAAUCUCCCAAAGCAACGGCCAUCUUCCUGGACUUACCUGCCCCAUGGAAAGCUCUUCACCACUUGUCACGGCAGAGAGUAACGGCUGACGAGCAAAGCGGCUCUGAUGAUGGAAGGGAAUGGGUAUCUCCGCUGGACCCUAACCAGAGCGUACACAUUUGCACCUUCUCACCGUGCAUUGAGCAGGUCAGCCGUACAGUGACGGAGCUGAGAAAGCUCGGCUGGAUCAAUGUCUCCAUGGUGGAAAUUUCGAAUAAAAAGUUCAACGUCAGCCGCGAAAGAGUAGGCAUUGAUUUGCCUAAUGAUCGAGGCAACACGCAGAGUCCUGCCGAUGUCACGGAAGCUAUUGCCAAACUCCAAAAAGUUAGCAAGCGCAGUCAGGAAUUCCACAAGUUGCAAGCGCAGCAGAAUGCCAAGAACGGCGUCUCCAGCGAGAUGGAAAUCGAUACACCGGAAACCACCAGCAAGAACCCGUCGCCGCCCCGCGAGCUCGAGAAGCAGUGGCUGUCUGGUAAGCUGGUGACUCGCCCGGAGGCCGAUCUCAAGACGCACACGUCAUAUCUAGUCUUUGCUGUUCUGCCACGUGAAUGGAGCGAGGAGCAAGAGGCUGCCGCACUGGCUAAAUGGCCUUGCGGAGAGGAAAAGGGCACGAUUGGCAAUGUUACCAAGGCGGCUCGUAAGGAAGAGAAGCGGCGCCUGCUGCAGCCCAAGAAGAGAAGAACCGAAGGCAACGAUACCCAAUAGAGACAACAUUAAACCUGUACAUAUAUGAAAACCAAUGCACUGUAUUUAAUAGAUGAAUCUCAAGCGCCCAGA